GUUGCAGUUGCCCCUCCUCCCCCCUCUUAUCCACGUUACAAUUCACAAAACCCUCCCUGCGUUCCUCCCCACGCACCACGGAAACCACCACCCCCAAAACAACACACACGACCCCCCUCACUCGCUCCGGCCUUCCCCUCGUCUCUUCUUAGACUCUCCCCAAGAUUCUCUUUAUCAUCCCUCUUCCGCCCCUUUCCAUUCAUCUUCACUUCCAUCCGAAUCUUCAUCCAUCCUCACAUCUAUCGAUCGUCAAUCGUCACAAAGCCCUCAUCUUCGACAGACCCUAUUGAUUUGACAUCUACCCUGCCCAUCGAUAUUGCUCCAUUUACACAUUCCCCGCAAUGUUUGAUUUACUAGCUAAGAUUCUUUGGUGAGUUAGCGAACCCCGGAUCGUUGAGAUUGGGUUGCGGCGGAUGGCUUCCACCGGCUUCCCGCUUAUCGACUCCGGUCCCGGCUUGGAUAUGGCUUAUCCUUCACAAGCCUCUGGCUAACGUUUGACCGUCUCUCGUGUGCUCUAGUUCUGUUGCUACCUUUCUCUUUCCUGUUUUCGCUUCAUACAAGGCCCUCAAGGCCAACGAUCCUACACAACUGACACCAUGGCUGAUGUAUUGGGUGGUCAUCGCUUGUAUUUUGGUUGUUGAGUCAUGGACGGGUUGGAUUCUUUGCUGGUAGGUUCCCGGAAUUACGGGGUGAUGUUGUCAGGGCUUCAUUCCUAACCCCGUUGCUAUCUAGGUUUCCAUUUUACCAAGAGAUCCGUGCGGGCUUCAUGUUGUGGCUGGUCUUACCGCAGUUCCAGGGAGCUACAAGGUUAUACGUAGAACAUGUCCACCCAACACUGGACGCUCACGAAAGGGAGAUAGAAGAGUUCAUUACCCGAACACACGAUCAGGCUAGGGCUGCGGGGGUCGAGUACAUACGUAAACUUAUCGAUUACGCUCGGGAAGCCCUAUUCGGAACCCUCCAACAGGCCCACCAGGCGGCCAUGCAAUCCCAACAUCCUCCACCUGCGGAGGAUCCCACCUCGUUUGUUCAGAACCUGUUCACACGGUGGAGGGUCCCACCGAUCACGCCCUAUGCGCCGCAGAUGGCUACAGAUUUCUAUCAUUUCUUGUCGUCCGCCCUACAGCAGCAGGAACAGAGGAAUCCAUCUGCUGGUGAUGGGAUGCCUAAUUCGGCAACCUUAAUUCCUCCCGGGAUCGAAGGCGAAGUUGAGAAGACUCGAUUUAUCGAGCUUCAGAGAGAGAGAUUGAAGGUUGUCAUGGCCGCGUUGGAACAGGAGAUGAAUACAAUCCGCGGAACUGGCGAACCGGUUGGUGGAACGAGCAUUGCAUCUGUCCUUGAUGAGGCUACCGGAGCAUACCCUUCGGAGAAGGGAAAGUUCUUCAAGUCCCCUAGCUCGGGCAAUAUGUCGGGUGCCGAAGGCGAUUUCGAUCACGUCACGAUGAGCGACGCGACCAACGAGAGUUCCCCGAGCACCGCCCCCGCUGGCAAGUGGAUCUGGGGCUGGGGAAAGCCGCAACCCUCUACCCCUUCCGCCGAGAAGAAGGGACAGUAAGUGGCUAUCGUACAUAGUGGGAAGAAUUAUUCCCAAGCAUGGACUUUUUUUCCUUUUUCUUUGUUGUCGCAACUCGUGCAAACUCGGUGUCAUAACGUAUGAAGAAUGGAACAUGAUUGCCUCUUUCCUUGCUUUGCGUUGCGUUGUUUUGAUUGUGGGGGAUUGGUUGUGGAGUGGUUUGUCAUUUUUUACCGUAGAGAUGAAAGAAAGGAAGGGAAACAAAAACAAAAAACGCGUCACCAUCCGUCUAUGGCUUCUUUCCCUUCUCCUUACUUAGUUUGUGGAUACUUCUUUGGGUCGGUCGGUGGCUAGAGCCGGGUAUAUAUUUCGGGGUGUAAAGAAAAGAAAGGAGUAGGUAUAUAAAUUGGUUCACCAUUCUGGAAUGGCCUGCUACAUGGUCUAUAAACACGAACAGCCCGAUAAGAUGAAGAAGAUGGGCAGACAUGAUUUCCGUUUAAAUGGGUUCGCGUGGUAUUAUGUGCUAUCGAGUACCGUACUCGUUACUUCAGUCCCCCCCCCUCCCUCUCUGUCAGGGUACGCUAC